AUGGCGCUUUCUACCACCAUCAAAACUCCUAACGUGACUUACGAGCAGCCUCUCGGCUUGUUCAUUAACAACGAGUUCAUCGCCGGUGUCGACGGCAAGACCUUCGAGACCACGAACCCCACCGACGAGAAGGUUAUUACCUCGGUCCACGAGGCCACCGAGAAGGAUGUCGACAUUGCCGUCAAGGCUGCUCGCACUGCCUUCGAAGGUGCCUGGCACACUGUGACCCCUUCGGACCGUGGCCGUAUGCUCACCAAGCUGGCUGACCUGUUCGAGCGUGAUAUGGAGACCCUGGCCAGUAUCGAGGCCCUCGAUAACGGCAAGGCUGUGACCAUGGCCAAGGUGGACAUUGCCAACGCUGCCGGCUGCCUGCGCUACUAUGGUGGCUGGGCGGACAAGAUCACCGGUCAGACUAUCGAUACCAACACCGAGACCCUCUCCUAUACCCGCCAUGAGCCCGUCGGUGUCUGCGGUCAGAUCAUUCCUUGGAACUUCCCCAUCCUGAUGUGGGCUUGGAAGAUCGGCCCUGCCAUUGCCGCUGGUAACACCGUCAUUAUUAAGACCGCCGAGCAGACUCCUCUAUCUGGCUGGUUUCCCCCCGGUGUCAUCAACGUCAUCUCCGGCUUCGGCCGCACUGCUGGUGCCGCGAUCUCCAGCCACAUGGACAUUGACAAGGUUGCCUUCACUGGUUCCACCCUGGUUGGCCGCAUGAUUCUGCAGGCGGCCGCUAAGAGUAACUUGAAGAAGGUUACCCUCGAGCUGGGUGGCAAGUCCCCCAACAUCGUCUUCGACGAUGCCGAUAUUGACAAUGCCAUCUCCUGGUCCAACUUUGGUAUCUUCUUCAACCACGGCCAGUGCUGCUGUGCCGGUUCCCGCCUGCUGGUCCAGGAGGGUAUCUACGACAAGUUCAUUGCCCGCUUCAAGGAGCGCGCGGCCCAGAACCAGCUCGGCAACCCCUUCGAGUCUGACACCUUCCAGGGUCCUCAGGUCUCUCAGCUCCAGUUCGACCGUAUCAUGGAGUACAUCAACCACGGCAAGAAGGAGGGUGCCACCGUCGCUGUCGGCGGUGAGCGUCACGGUACCGAGGGCUACUUCAUUCAGCCCACUGUCUUCACUGACGUCACCCCUGACAUGAAGAUCGCCCAGGAGGAGAUCUUCGGCCCCGUCAUUGCUGUCCAGAAGUUCAAGGAUGAGGCCGAGGCUAUCAAGAUCGGUAACAACACCAGCUACGGUCUUGCCGCCGCCGUCCACACCAAGAACGUCAACACCGCCAUCCGUGUCUCCAACGCCCUCAAGGCCGGUACCGUCUGGAUCAACAGCUACAACAUGAUCUCUUACCAGGCUCCCUUCGGCGGCUUCAAGGAGUCCGGCCUCGGCCGUGAGCUCGGCUCCUACGCCCUGGACAACUACACCCAGGUCAAGACCGUCCACUACCGCCUGGGCGAUGCCCUGUUCGGGUAG